UCUUUCACUUGGAAAAUACUUAGCUGUUUGUGUCCAGGUCAAAACCUAGCAUUUAUUCUCCCUCUCCCUCCCAACUGUUAUUUCUAUGAGAGUUUGCAUCAAACUUUUGAUUUUUCUAGUUCAACAUUAGAUUAGAUCUGAUCCAGUUCAAUUCUAUUUCUAUCCAACCAUCUUGAACAUUGAUCAAUGACAACACAUAACCAAGAUCAAGCUCUUCCUCCUCCCAAGAAAAGCCAGAGGAAAAGGCGAUGUCUUAUUGCCAUUGGUGCAAUAAUACUACUUAUUUUCCUGCUGUUUGUCGUUGUCUUGAUCCUUGCAUUGACCGUGUUUAAGACAAAACAACCCAAGACUCAACUUCAGUCGGCAAAGGUUGAAGGGAUUGCUCCUCGUGUGACUCUCCCCACCCUUAAUUUCCAACUCAACCUCACCCUUGACCUUCAAAUCCUCGUUGAGAACCCAAACCAUGCCAGUUUCAGGCAUGGCACUGGUAAUAGUAUCCUUAUGUAUGGCGGCGACCAGGUUGGAGAGGCUGAUAUCUACCCGGGUUUGAUUCCGUCCGCUGGCUCCACCACUCUUCCAUGCAGGCUUACAGUUCAGGUAGAUAAGUUUGCAUCCGAUAUAACUACUUUGAUCGGUGACAUAAUGGGCGGUCAGGUAGUCAUGGAGACGCAUACAAAGAUUCCAGGCAGAAUCAACUUCUUGGGGAUUUUCAAGAAACAUGUUGUCACCUCUUCUGAUUGCAAAUUUACUAUUGGUUUUCCUGCUAUGAAUAUCACCAACCAAGAGUGCAAGAACAAGCUUUGAUCCAUGUUAUUUCUUUAACUCUUCAGUUGAUGUACAGAGACGUCACCAAUAAUUUAGAUGCUGGACUGGACGGGAGAGGAGAUAUUGUAUACAGGAAGAGAACUUUAUGUUUGAUUUUAUAUUAUCCCAUCUUUUUUGAUGUAGAGUUCUUCAUCUUCCUGUGGCUUUAUAACUGUUUUAUCGAGUCAUAUGCAUCUAUAGUAACAAUAAACAGAAGAAAAUUCCCAUAUUCAUCAUCGAA